AUGGCCAACCUGGCGUCGACGUACCGGAGUCAAGGCCGAUGGGAGGCGGCCGAAGAGCUAGAGGUACAAGUGAUGGAGACUCGCAAGGAGAAGCUCGGAGCCGACCAUCUCUAUACGCUAAACGGCAUGGCCGACCUGGCGUCGACGUACAGGAAUCAAGGCCGAUGGAAGGAGGCCGAAGAGCUGGAUGUACAAGUGAUGGAGACUCGUAAGGAGAAGCUCGGAGCCGACCAUCCUUCUACGCUAAACGGCAUGGUCAACCUGGCGUCGACGUGGAAAACGCAGGGCCGAGAUAUGGAGGCUAUAGGUCUAAUGGUGGAGUCUGCAUGGCUUCAAGAACAGGUUCUAGGUAAUAGCCACACGGACUUCAUUUCUUCCUCGAAUAUAUUGGCGGAUUGGGAGGCAGAACAACGAGGCCCUCGCAAAAUAGAAUAG